GAGGCAGGGAGGGAUGACGCCCCACUUUGGAGAAACGCAGUUAUAGAGACGGUGUCAAUUCGUAGAAAGGCGUUGCAUUACAACAGCACUGCACGAGUACUUAUAGAGUGCUCUUUUCCCCCUGAUACCUGCUGUCUCACUGCGUUCUGUCUGGCUUCAACAUGGCAGGACAAUGUAUUGCCGCCUCGUCGUUCAUUUCCCUGAUCAUGAGCGCAGUGCACUUUAACCCACCCACGACUCCUGUGAGAACACCAGAAGAGGUCGACUUCAUCGUUGUUGGGGGUGGGUCGGCGGGUGCCGUCGUUGCCAGCCGACUGUCCGAGGUCACCAAUUGGCAGGUUUUGCUCCUUGAAGCAGGCCCCGAACAAGAACACUCAACUUACGUCCCGACUUUUUAUGGCUACACAAGAGCUGUACCUGAGUAUGACUGGUACUUGAAAGUCCAAGAUACUCCAAACGACCACACUGGAUUUAUCUCGAGAGCGAAACAGUUGGGUGGCUGUAGUUCACAUAACGGCAUGAUUUACUUUCGCGGGACCGAGGAUGACUACCGUUGCUGGGAAAGCAAAAAUGCCACGGGCUGGGGCUACAAGGAUGUCCUGCCCUUCUUCAAGAAGUCAGAGGACUGUCUCGAUCCAGAUCUAGCCAAGGACACGGUCCAUCAUAGCACGGGUGGACCUCUAUCAAUCCAGCGUAUGCCGUACAAGGACAUCAACGCACAUCUGCUGUUAAAAGUGUACAGGGAAUCUGGACUACGGGAAGUAGACCUCAACGGUGGUAAAAACGAGGGUUACGCGUGGUCGCAAACGACCACAAAGAAUGGGCGAAGAGUCAGUUCCAGCACGGCGUUUUUGGAGCAGCAGCGAGCUAAGCGUUUCAACCUGCACGUCGUUACACGCGCCCGGGUAUCUAAAGUGUUGAUCAAUGUUAAGACAAGGAGCGCCGAGGGAGUGGCCUAUACAGGCAGCGAUGGGAAAGUUCGCACAGUCCGUGCUAGAAAGGAGGUCGUGCUCAGCGCAGGAACAUACCUUUCGCCUCAGCUACUGAUGGUGUCGGGAGUUGGACCAGCAAAGGUUUUAACUAAAGCUGGCAUUCCUGUGGUCGCUGAUUUGCCCGUUGGAAGCAAUCUCCAGGACCAUCUUGUGAUCAACACUAUGCCAACAUUGAAGCUGACAAAGACUGCGGUUGUGCCGUCUGUCGAUGAUGUCUACAGAGAUAUUGAAGAUUUCAGAAAGGCUAACGGCUCACGUGGCCCGGGACCAAUUGGCACGUUGGGUUCAAACUCGGUCGUAGUGCGGAUGCGCAGCCCCCUCCAACCACAGCACGACCGCAGGCCUUACAUCUACAUCCAGCACCCGCCUGGAGGUUGGCUUGACAGAGUGGAGCGCAUGCCGUACUGCGCGAACGGAACCACGUCGCCGAACGCAACAGCAAGCUACUAUGACUCGAUCUUCCCGUACGUCGUUCUCUUGCACCCAAAGGACAGCGGUGUGGUUACCAUCAACACAACAAAUCCAGGAGGACCACCUAUUAUCAGACAGAGAGUUUUCCAGAACAGUGAGGAUAUUCGGGCUUAUGCCGCCGGCCUGAAGAAAGCUAUGGACAUAUUUACUUCAUCAAAGACCCUACAAGAGUCAGGCGUUACUCCGAUUGUUAAUGGUGGUAAAUCGUGCGGACACAUUCCUAAAGGACGUCAGGCAUGGUACGAGUGCCUCGUCCGCACCGAGGGUGGAGCCACGUGGGGUCACGGCGUGGGCACGUGCAGCAUUGGCUCCGUGGUGGACUCCAGACUGCGCGUCCGGGGCGGGGUGCGCAACUUGCGCGUUGCCGAUGCCUCCGUAAUGCCGUGUGUCCCGGGCGGCGGUACCAACGGCCCCAGCAUGAUGAUUGGCGAGCGGGCGGCACACUUCAUCAAACUCGACCACGGUGUGGCUUCGUAGCUCUUGCAAAUCACUACAGUAUGGACUCGAAGGAAGAAAUAAAUCUCUGAUUAAGUU